AUGGGUUGCCUUGCCACGGCGCCGCGGCUGGUCCGACACGGCGAAAAAUGCCUCUCCACUCGGACCAUCGCGGAGCACACUGCACUUGCUAAACCUGGGUGCCCUCCACCCUCACGCACUCUUUUUUCUCUCGUCGCUCUCCAUCCCCUCACUGCCCUCCAUUGUUGCUUGGUAUCGGUUGCCGGCUUUGGAGCACCCUCGUCGCUACUGCCGUCAAGGUCGAACCACCAAAACACAACACGACUGGGACGUCAAUUUUUUCUCUCGCCUACCCACCGUCGCAUCCGACUCGUCCGCUUCGUGUGA